CUUCCAGGCACGUUCCGAAAGUCCAUUGCCAUCCCAACGAGGCUACUUAUAACUGUAAGUGUCACUGGAUCCGUGGACGCUUCCUUCGACCACACGGGUAUAGUACAAAACGGUUGCACAGGUCACAGUCAAAACGCACCAUCGUCGACCGUACACCAUGGAUUUCUCCUAUACCACCGCCAACGCGGAGAGUGUCGACGACCCGUCGGAAACCGUCAUGGCGACGCACGAAGACGACGACGAAGAAACCGAAGACGGAGAAAUUGUCGAAUCCUUGGAAGACGUUGAAAUCGGCGAUCCCAAGGCCCAGCCCCGUAGGGAAGAAACCUCGACGCCCGACGAACACGAGGAGUCGGACGAGGAUUCCCGUUCCGUGCCGGGAGACAAUCACGAUGGGGCCGUGUCCGGGACGCGGACAGAGCCACACGCGUCGACGGAUGGUUCCCCAACCCCCAAAUCGGACGAGCCCAAGGACGCAGAAGACGAAGGAGAAGAACUGCACGAGCAAGCCAAGAUGGAAUCCGCUUACAGUACACGGGGACGCACCGCGGAUAGGGAUCCCGAUCCACUCGAGCGUCUGGCCCGGGACGCGCUCGGGGAACUAGCGCGAGAAAAAGAACCGUCCGCGAGUCACUCGAGCUUUCUUUCCGACUCGCUGACGGAAGAAGAGCGUCGCACGCGCACACGGUAUCUACCCGAGGUGGAAGGAUUGCACGCACUGCGCAAACACGAGGUCAAGGGUGAUCUCUCCCUGGCGCGGACUCUGCAACCCGUCCCUGGAAAAAAGUCGAAACGCACGGAAGAUGCCAUGGACGAAGAUGGGGGACUCUCUCCCAUGGAAGAUUCGACCGACGCCAACCGCCGUGUCGUUACCAUUGCGGGCCACGCCUUGCCCAUACCGAGCCCCGCUUUUGUGGCUCCCUUGACGGAGGCGACCGUCCCGUCCGCGCGCGUCGUCGGUUCCGUCACCGCAUUCAAUCCGCCACAGCCGCCAGAAUCUGUCAGUGCCAAGUACAAGCACAGAAUGCUGCGCUGGGAAAAUCAUCCCUCCGAAAUUCAAGUCGACCUGACCAAGUACCGCAAGACUGUUCAGAAAGCGCGCAGUGAACUUCACAAGGCCAUGGCCGAAAGAGAACGGGUGGAAACGGUGCAGGAUCAUUUACGUCGGCACUUUUUUCAACACAUUGAUUGUUUGAAUGCCGAAUGGCGGCAACUACAGGGUGAGUUCCACGAGAUUCAACAGGAGUGUGUCGACGCCGCGGACCUCCUUACGUCACGCACCCGCAGUCGGGGCGCAGGAAAGAGCAGCCACGUGAUGCGGGACGUCCUGCAGGUACUGCGCAGUCGUGGAGCCGAGCUUCAGACCAAGUCCCUGAAUUUACACAGCAUCCCAACCUCGUCGGAACCGGCAUUGCGUGGCAUGGGUGGGGUAGGCUUACGGAGCUUUUUAACGUGGGACCGAUCCACGGUGAUUGCUCCCGCGCCGGCUGCGGCAGCCUGGUUGUUGGCGGGCGACGCGGUGGAAACCCCGUGCGGACCGGGUACUGUGCAAGCGGUAUAUCCGCCGGGGGACGCGUUGGAAAAGGGGGGAGACGCUGACAAGAACCCGGACAGUCAGCCAUCGGAAGGGUUGACGGGACCCCGUGUUGCCGUCCAACUUCCGUUUGGAAUUGGGUACUUUCCUUUGGAUGCGGUUAUGACGAAAGAAAAUCCCGCGGCUUACGAUGAUGCGCGACUUGCGCAACGAUGGAAAGGGCUCAUGGAGACGGCAACGGCGGUUGGUUCAGUGUUGGAUCUGGAAUCGAUGGCGACCACCACAAACGACGGAACCAAGAAAGAAGAGUCUGUCGAUGGAAUGGACGAAUCGGGGUCCAACGUCGAAAGCAAAGACGAUAUGGAAGAAUCCACCGUAGCACGAAGGAUUCCCUUUGGUGCCGGCAUGCUGCCGAUCGGAACAGCACGUGGGCAUGACCUUUACAAACGCAAGUUGGCGGAUCUGGAAAAUGACCUGGAUAAACCUCUCUACGAGGGGGAAGGUGUCCUAGGGUUUAAAGGCAACAAAAAUGUUCCCACCGCAACCCGUGAGGCUGAGGACUUGCGACAAGAACGGAUCGAUCUCGAGGCGAAGCUUCAUCAUUUGAAAAAUAAAGUAUACCGACAGCGAAACAUUCGAAUACUGAAUGAACGGACCUAUGCUGGUGCUCAAGAACGUUCAACGAGAGUGAAGUCGUUGAUCACCGAAAUGCGAAUGGACUUGAUGAGCCUGCGGAGCCGCCUUGAUGACGAAGUCCGCGAACUUGGGAUCACCGGAGAUCAAGCGGAAGCAAUUCUGACUUCGUUCUACCGGUCACUGGACUCGCAGCACUCGGGGGAAGCCUCCCCUCCGAAGCGACAGCGAAGGGCGCAGGAUGAUCUGGAUGAUGACGAAGAAAUGGCAUCGGCACAGGCGGGAUCCACGGAUGUCGCAUCGGAUUCCGGCUUAAUCAAGGUUUAA